CUACGGGCCUCCACCUAGCACCUAGCUAUAGCUUCGGAACAGCUUUAAAGCUACGGCUCACCUCGGUUUCCGGCUUAAUUCUAUGGAAAAGUGAACAACGAAGGUCUAAAUAACACCGCCUCGACUCGAAAUUGUCUCAUCUGAUUUAUCAUUCAUCAUGGAUCCCGGCGCAUUCUAUUUCAGAGGUAGAGACUCGAAGGAAGCUAGUAUCUCACCGCCACCCCCUCAACGAACCGGUUCUUCUUCAAGCUUACACAAGGCCGGCCAUGUUAUCGCCCAUGGCCAUCGCUCGAGCUUCGCCGAGAAUUUGAGGGGUCUACCACCGUCACCACGAAAUCAGCGACAUCCAUCUUUCACACAGGCUGCCAUCCAAGAGUUACUCAACCAUCCCCCCGCUCCGAGACAACAUAACCCUCGCUUCGCCGGGAGGGAUUGGCGCGAUAUUGCAAUCGGUGAGCUCGUGUCUAAAGAUGACGUAUCAUGGGUCGAAAUGGACACCAGCGUCGAAGACGCUACGAUGGCACUCCUUAAGAAUACCUCGAGUAACGUUGUUAUUAUCCGAGAGAACACUGCUACCUCCGUCCCAGUUUCGACCUUUGAUUAUAACGAUCUUAAUGCCUAUAUCUUAGUCGUCGUCGGACUGGCGCAUCCGAGUGAGGAUUUGGUUGAGCUAUACGAUACAAUAGCAAAGAAGGCCCAAACCCGAGUUAGCGUACCGAUCCGUGACAUACAACCGAUUUUCCGAAAAGAAUCACUCGUCACCUUGCAGGGGGAUGAGGAUCUUGCUAAAGCUAUCGAGGUUUUCGGUAGCGGUGUACAUCGAAUACUUAUCACCAAUCAUAACUCGGAAGUUAUCGGUAUCCUUAGCCAGUUGAAGCUGAUAGAAUUUUUCUGGAACGAAGGCGUCAAUUUCCGCGUCAUCGACGACCUUUACCCCAGGAUCUUGCGCGAUGUCGGCGUCGGAUCGCAGCAAAUAAUAGCAGUCAAUGCAGAUAGCCCUCUAACUGAGGCUCUCAACCUUAUGAGCCAAGAGGGGCUUUCAAGCGUAGCUGUUGUUGAUAACGCUUUGAAUGUGGUUGGCAACAUCUCUACUACAGAUGUUAGGCACCUUACAAACGCCACGAGCCUCCCGCUCCUCCAGAAUUCGUGCAUGCACUUCAUAUCAGUAAUAUUGACUGAGCAAGGCGUUGAGAAAGGCAAGGACUCAUUCCCGGUCUUCUACGUUAAUCCUUACUCGACACUUGCACAUGCUGUAGCGAAACUAGUAGCUACCCAUUCUCAUAGAAUGUGGAUAGUCGAAUCAGCUUCUCCAUCUCCUUCUACACCUGGAACACCUUCGCUAGGACCCACCGUAUUCGUUCCGACUCCAUCUUCGUCACAGACGUCUCUUACUGGCAGCCAUUUUCCUUCGGUUCCUCCGGCCUCGACUCUUCCUGGUUCUCACUUGUCAGGACGAUUGAUUGGUGUCGUUACCUUGACAGAUAUCCUUAAUCUAUUUGCAAGGUCAACAGGGCUUAAUCCAUCAGAUCCAAACGAGCAAAGAGCGAGACGGCGAAGAAGCUCAAGCAGUUCUAUCCGCCCGUCAAUCGAAUCAUCCCGCGUCAGUCUAGAUAUUCGACGUUAAAAGAGCAGGGGUUGGAGUUCGCGAAUUGGGGG